AUGGCAGACACCAGCAACAGCAAUCAAAAUGAUUGCGACUCUAAUAUUCAUAAUAAUCAUGUACAGUCAAGCACUCAGGGGAUUGCAUUUUCAGAGGACAUUGAGAGACAGAGAGAAAUUGCUCGUAGACGAUUGGAACAGGAUAGACGUUUCGAAGAUAUUCUACAAAGGAUAGCAGGCGAUAUCGAUCAAAGUGCUGACGCCGAAACAGAGGAUGAAGAGAUGAAACGUAUUAUGCGUGAGCCCAUUCAUAAGAGUGAAUUGACAAGAGAGCAACGCUAUCGCUUGGGUGGUGCCGAAUAUCGGGCAAUUGACUUUUUGACACGGCUUGUACCAGCCUACUAUAUCUUUUUUAUCGUUGGUUUUGGAUUCUUCUUUCGUAUAUAUGUUGCAGCUUCAUCUUACGCACAGAAAGUACUUGAAACGCUACAUGAAAAUGGUCCCAUUGAUCCAUGGUUUUUUUCCUUCUAUACAAGUCUUUCAGCAUUCAACAAUCUCGGUCUUAUACCCAUUGAUUCUGGCAUGGUUCCGUUUCAAUCAGCUCCUUGUGCAUUGAUUUUGACAAUGAUACUUAUUCUUGUAGGAAACACAGCUUAUGCUAUUUGUCUCAGACUGAUUAUAUGGAUAUUAUACAAAAUAACCCCAAAAACAUAUGUGAUGCGUCGAGAGACAUUUAGAUACCUUCUUGAUCAUCCGCGUCGUUGCUUUACCACCUUAUUUCCGGCUACUCAGACAAAAUGGCUAUUACUUGUUCUGGUCGCUAUAACGGCGGUUGAGUUCAUUACUUUUAUUGCUUUGAACUAUUGGUUGCCGGUUUUAGAAAACCUCGACUGGGGUGCCCGUAUUCUUGAUGGCCUAUUUCAAUCUGUAGCUACAAGAAGUGCCGGCUUUGCUGUGAUUGACCUCAUGUCUAUGAAUCCUGGUACACAAAUUGUAUUUAUAGUAGCUAUGUACAUCAGUGUCUAUCCUGUCGCUAUUUCUAUGAGAAACAGUAACGUCUAUCAGGAAAGAGCGCUAGGUAUUUACAGCAAUGAAGACGACGAUAACGGUGGCGAUUUUGGGGAGACUAAUACGCCCUUUAUUCAUCGUCUCAAAAGACAAGCCACCAUUAGCAGCAUAAUGACUACUUCGAAAAAAGUAUUGCGAAAGCCUGAUUUCUUUGUCAUCACGCAAAUUCAGCGGCAGUUAACGAAUGAUAUAUGUUGGGUUAUUGGUGGCAUUUUUGCUAUUUGCGUUAUUGAAUCUGAAGCUAUACUCUCAGUUUCACCCAUCACUAUAUCAACUGUAAUGUAUGAAUGCGUUUCUGCAUUUGGCAAUGUGGGAGCUUCUACAGGCUAUCCAAAUACAUCGGCUUCGCAAGCACAACAAUAUCAUACCUUAAGCAAACUUGUUUUGAUUAUUUUAAUGUACAGGGGCAGACACAGAGGUUUGCCUGCUGCUAUCGACAGGGCAGUACUACUCCCCUCGGAGCAACUUCAGCAAAAGGAGCGCGAAGAUCAUAUGUUACGGAGAAGAAACACGUCGUUUUCAGCUAGUGAAGGGCAUGGAGAUGGGCCCAUUUUGACAUAUAAUAGAACAAGAACGCUUUAG